CCCUUCCCCGUUGGGACAGAUCAUGUCGGCAGCGGCUCACAGGGAGGCUGGGACAGCUCGGACAUGGAAGAUCCUGUCUUUUGUGGUUGCUCUUCCUGGUGUUGGUGUAUGCAUGCUGAACUGCUACUUAAAGAUGCAGCAUGAACAUGAAAGAGAUGAAUUUGUUCCUUAUGCUCACCUCCGCAUCCGGACCAAGCCCUUCCCAUGGGGAGAUGGGAACAAAACUCUGUUUCACAACCCUCAUACUAAUCCUCUCCCAACUGGCUAUGAAGAGGAUCACUGAACACUUGGACCACAGCAGCAAUUUGGACCAUUGCUCUCUUUGGACCAAAACAUUGUAUGGGACCCUCAAUCUAAAAAAUAUUCUGCAUUCCUUGUACUGUCAAGUUCUAAAUGGCGUUCUGACCUUUGGCCCUGUACUUGAAGAGGAGGUCACUUAACAUAAAUAAGUCCUAACAUACCAAAAAAAAAAAUCCUUAAUGGCCCACUUCAAAUCCCUUGUGCAUAGCUAUCUAACUCCUACUGCUCACUCCAUUUCAAACGACCUCCUAUACAACAUGUUACCUCCUAUGCUUACUGUCUGUCCAAACUUCUGUUUGCCUCAGAUGCUCUGAUUUCUU